AUGAGCGGAUACAUGCACUCCGACCCUUUCGACGAGGGCAUGCUCGCCGUCGGUACAAUCCACCACAUCCACUACGAACAAUACGGCAAACCAGAUGGCAAACCCGUAAUAUUCCUGCACGGCGGACCAGGAGGCCAAACCUCCAAAGCAAACACAGCCUACUUCAACCCAGCACUCUACCGCGUAAUCCUGCUCGACCAACGCGGCUCCGGCAAAUCCACCCCGCAAACCGAGCUGCGCGAAAACACCACACAACAUCUAGUCUCCGACAUCGAGGCUCUCCGCACCCACCUCGCCAUCCCAAAAUGGCACCUGCUGUUCGGCGGGUCCUGGGGCUCAACGCUCGCCCUGCUCUAUGCGCAGGCGUACCCGGACAGAGUGGGCUCCAUGCUUCUCCGCGGGAUCUUCACGACGCGUGAUGCGGAGACGAGCUGGUCGCGGAGUGCGCUGGGGGCUGCGAACGUGUUCCCCGAGGCGUGGGAGGCGUUUGUGGGCUUUCUCCCCGUGGAGGAGCGGGGGGAUCCGUCGGCGGCUUAUUAUAGAAGGCUUACGGGGGCUGAUGAGCGGGUUAGGGUUGCGGCGGCGAGGGAGUGGAAUCGGUGGGAUUUGAGUAUUGGGGCUUUGAGGGUUGAUGAGGGGGCGUUUGCGGCGUUGGAGGAUGUUGAGUGGAGUUUGAAACAUGCGCUUAUGGAGGCGCAUUAUUCUGUGCAUGGGUUUUGGUUGGAGGAGGGGCAGAUUUUGGAGAGGGGGAAUUUGGAGAAGAUUGCUCAUAUUCCUGUGACUAUUGUUCAAGGCCGUUAUGAUAUGGUUUGUCCGGCACAGACGGCGUGGGAGUUGCAUCGCGGUUUGCCUCAAUCUAAAUUGAUUUGGGUUGCAGAUGCGGGACAUACGCCAAAGGAACCCGGGAUAAAAGCGGAGCUGUUGAAAGCUUGUGAUGAAUUCUCGAUGGAUCUGGCAUAA